AACGACCUCGAAGCGAACGCAUGUUCGAAUUCGCCAAAUCGCAAUGGAAAAAAAUUUGAAAGCCCUCUACAGGACACUUCCUAUUCCACGACAAUCGAAAUGCCUGCGUUUUCUGGAGGUAAAACCAGCGACUUCAGAGCUCAAUGGCGGACCCAUCCGCUGCAGCAUGCUUGUUGCGGAUCUUGACGAGCGACCAUCUUUCGCGGCCUUGUCGUACGUUUGGGGGGCACCCAAUCCGAUAAUCGAUCACGUGUAUUGCAACGAUGUCGCCGUGCUGGUUACUGCGAAUUGCUAUUCGGCAUUAUGGCAUCUGAGGAAAAGCAUGGGGUCGUUCGUCAUUUGGAUCGAUGCGCUGUGUAUUAACCAGAUGGACGAUGAUGAGAAAGCGCAUCAGAUCGGACUUAUGGGCGAUGUUUAUUCGAGGGCGGAGAAGGUUUUUAUCUGGCUUGGGGAAGGAGAUGAGUCAACCGAAAGAGCGAUGGAGUUUCUGUCGAAAACGGGGUUGAUGCAAUUGUUUUUUAAAAAUGGAAAUCCGGAUGAGGGCGAAAUACCGAAACUACGUGCUAUUCCGGCUGCAUGGUGGUGGCUUGCGAGGAACUCCUGGACUUGGAAGACACAGCUUUCGCCGCUCGAUAGCAACAUUUUACAUUGGCCCUGGAACUUAGGGUGGCUCGCUCGGUUUUACUCUACGUAUGCCAGAGGCUUCGCGACUCUCGAUGAUCUCAAUGGUCUCUUAGAUAGAGACUGGGCGAAUCGAAUCUGGACAUUCCAAGAAAUCAUCCUUGCCAACAACCCGGUUGUCGUAUGUGGGAAUUCUUUUAUUGCUUGGGAGCGUCUGGCGUACGCUAUCAUGUUUCCCCUGGACGCAAAGAAAACGAGUACGCUGUUCCAAACAUGGGGACAGAUAGUCAUUAGUAGAGAUAUGUACAGAUCGGUUGCAAUUCUGGAUUCAAAGCGCCCUGCUCUGUGCGAACCGGCGAGGGCCCAGAUGAUGACGCGCUACCGGAAGUUUUUGCGACUGACCGCAUUCUUAUACAGCACUAUCACGAUUUGCAUCGAGUUGGUCGUGUCCUACACCUUGGCGAACAUCUUCUGGAUGAUCGUAUUAUGGAUCAAGAGGUCGGUACUCGGCGAUACGACAAACAGUCACGCCCUUCGUAUCUUUGCGUACAAUUUCUUGAUCUUUUCAGGCUUGUUUUACAUGUGGCUUCUCAGCCGGGCUCCAAAGCCUGUAACGCCAUCAGCGCCCUCGAGAGCCACUCGUGUAGAAUGGUCGUUUGGCCAAUCCGACAACAUCCUAGGCCAGAUGACGAAGAAUCUCCGCCACCGGAAAGCCACGAACCCGAAGGACAUGAGUUUCGGUAUCAACACCAUUCUCUCCAACGUGUCUACACACGCCCUGCCACCGCCCAUCAACUACAGGCUGUCUCAGCUCCAAAUUUACCAGCAAUUGGCGACACAUCUCGUGGCUGAAACGGGCGGAAUGCAGGUUCUGGAGCUCGCAGCACACAACUCGAUUGCAACGGGGCCUUCAUGGGUUCCCGACUUCUCAUCCUGCUCCGAAGACGUGACAGAAGGCUCAUGGCUACAAUGCGUGCUAUCCGAUGGCGCGGUGAUCCAAAAGACCUUCGGCCAUCCAUAUUGUCAAAUCAGCGGCCGUCACCCCGGAACAAUGCAUGUAAAGGGUCACAUCUUGUCCGACUCAGUAUCCGAGAUAUUUCCCCUCCUCGAAACCCAAGACACAUAUCACGAGUUCGAAGCGGAGAAACACAUAAGUAACAUCACCUCCAAACAACGCCUCCGAAACAACAACACCUUCAGCGUCUUCCAUGGAGCCUGGAAACACCCAACCAUCGACCCUCUCGACACCCUCUACGGCCAACACCUCCUCUCGCACUCCCCAUCCGCCCUCCUCACCCUUUGGACUGACAAGGACUCCCAAAACUCCCGCUUCCACUUCCUUCUGCACCGAACGUCCACCACCCGCAAAAUAUAUCACAUCUUCCUCCUCCUCUUCCGCUUCCUCGCCUCUUUGCUCGUUCUCAUCGGCCCCAUGACGUCAAAGAAGAAAAGAUACCUCGCACGCUGGGUCUCCAUCGUCUUCUACCGCGCCUCACCCGCGGACAUCUUCGCGCUCCACGUCGAGUCGUGCAACAAGCUCGUGCGUCACGGGCUGCGGCCGUUCAGGACGGGCUCGACAUUUGGGUUGUGUAGGGGGGAUGUGAGGGUGGGCGACAGGGUCGCGCUGAUAUCGGGGGUCAGGUGGCCGGUUGUAGUGAGGGGAGUCGGAGAUAUGGGGGAGGUGAGGGUCGUUGGACCGACGUUUUGUGAGGAUGAUGUUAUGGACGGGAGGGUUUGGGGAAAUAUGACGAGGGAGAGGAGGAGGGAAAGGGGGGGAUGCAGGGAGGAAGCGGAGGAAGAGGGGAAGAUCGAGGAAGAUGCGCCGCUGAUGGAGGGGGUAGACUUGGGGAGUAUGGAUGUCGGACAGGAUGAAGAGGGAGAAGGAGGUGAGGGAGAUUAUGAGGGACUGGAUGACAUUUACAUCGUGUGA